CACUUGGGGCGGAGGCGGAAACCGGGCGGGGGACGCGGGUGCGAGGAGGUCGAGGAGGCGCGUUGGCACCCGACCCUGGCAUCCUACAUGUCCGACAUCAGCCCUACCCUCCUUUUCAGGGGCUUCCAUUCAUUUUGUGCCAAAAGGGAACUGCCGCCCUCGCCCCCAAACUUGUAGCUUUGUGGAUGGAGGGUGUGGGGAACGCUGUGUGCAGUGAAGACCACCUGGCUAAAGACGGUCCUGGGGGUGGAGGGCAGGAGGGAGCGAGAAGGACAGUUCUGCACCUGGGAGCCUCUCGUUCCUGGGCGAGGGUCUCGGGACCCUGGAUGAAGUUUUAGGAUGUUUUAGAAUGACGGUCUGGGGCAGAGAAAAAAAUUUUGAAGGGAGCAGAUUGAGGGUCUGGAGGACUGGGUUAGGUGGGCUCUGGGUACCUAGGACGAUCUCGGGAGGCGCAGAAUGAGAAUCUGGGGGCUCCAGGAUUACGGUGUGGGUGCACAGGAUGAAAUUCUGGGGGCGCAGAUUAGGUAGGAUCUAGGCGAGCAGGAUGACAUUUUUGGUGAGCGUCUGGGGGCCCCCGGGUAAGUCUGGGGGCCUGGCAUCAAGGUCAGGGCCCCAGGAUCGAUCGCUGGGGGACCCUGGACCCGCGUCGGGAGGCGGCUCCGGGCGGCGCCGCGGGGGACCGGGUGGGGGCCUGUGGCUGGCCGGGGGCGGAGAAGCGGGGGGUCGGGGUCCCUCCCCCUGGCGCAGGCUCAGGAAUCCGCCGAAGGGCGGGCGGAGGCGCCGGGGUGGGCCGCGUCGCGGCAGGCGGGCGGGCGGGGGGCGCUUCCUGGGGCCGCGCGUCCAGGGAGCUGUGCCGUCCGCCCGUCCGUCUGCCCGCAGGCAUUGCCGGAGCCAGCCGAGCCGCCAGAGCCGCGGGCCGCGGGGGCGUCGCGGGCCCAACCCCAGGAUGCUCCCCUGUGCCUCCUGCCUACCCGGGUCUCUACUGCUCUGGGCGCUGCUGCUGUUGCUCUUGGGAUCAGCUUCUCCUCAGGAUUCCGAAGAGCCCGACAGCUACACGGAAUGCACAGAUGGCUAUGAGUGGGACCCAGACAGCCAGCACUGCCGGGAUGUCAACGAGUGUCUGACCAUCCCUGAGGCCUGCAAGGGAGAAAUGAAGUGCAUCAACCACUACGGGGGCUACUUGUGCCUGCCCCGCUCCGCUGCCGUCAUCAACGACCUACAUGGCGAGGGACCCCCGCCACCAGUGCCUCCCGCUCAACACCCCAACCCCUGCCCACCAGGCUAUGAGCCCGACGAUCAGGAGAGCUGUGUGGAUGUGGACGAGUGUGCCCAGGCCCUGCACGACUGUCGCCCCAGCCAGGACUGCCAUAACUUGCCUGGCUCCUAUCAGUGCACCUGUCCUGAUGGUUACCGCAAGAUCGGGCCCGAGUGUGUGGACAUAGAUGAGUGCCGCUACCGCUACUGCCAGCAUCGCUGCGUGAACCUGCCUGGCUCCUUCCGUUGCCAGUGCGAGCCGGGCUUCCAGCUGGGGCCUAACAACCGCUCCUGUGUGGAUGUGAACGAGUGUGAUAUGGGGGCCCCAUGCGAGCAGCGCUGCUUCAACUCCUAUGGGACUUUCCUGUGUCGCUGCCACCAGGGCUAUGAGCUGCACCGUGAUGGCUUCUCCUGCAGUGAUAUUGAUGAGUGUAGCUACUCCAGCUACCUCUGCCAGUACCGCUGUGUCAACGAGCCAGGCCGUUUCUCCUGCCACUGCCCACAGGGGUACCAGCUGCUGGCCACACGCCUCUGCCAAGACAUUGACGAGUGUGAGUCUGGUGCGCACCAGUGCUCCGAGGCCCAAACCUGUGUCAACUUCCAUGGGGGCUACCGCUGCGUGGACACCAACCGCUGUGUGGAGCCCUACGUCCAGGUCUCUGACAACCGCUGCCUCUGCCCAGCCUCCAACCCUCUGUGUCGAGAGCAGCCUUCAUCCAUUGUGCACCGCUACAUGACCAUCACCUCGGAGCGGAGCGUGCCCGCUGACGUGUUCCAGAUCCAGGCGACGUCUGUCUACCCCGGUGCCUACAAUGCCUUUCAGAUCCGUGCCGGAAACUCGCAGGGGGACUUCUACAUUAGGCAAAUCAACAACGUCAGCGCCAUGCUGGUCCUCGCCCGGCCGGUGACAGGCCCCCGGGAGUACGUGCUGGACCUGGAGAUGGUCACCAUGAAUUCCCUCAUGAGCUACCGGGCCAGCUCUGUACUGAGGCUCACCGUCUUUGUGGGGGCCUACACCUUCUGAGGAGCAGGAGGGAGCCACCCUCCCUGCAGCUACCCUAGCUGAGGAGCCUGUUAUGAGGGGCAGAAUGAGAAAGGCAAUAAAGGGAGAAAGAAGGAGUCCUGGUGGCUGAGGUGGGCGGGUCACACUGCAGCAAGCCUCAGGCUGGGGCAGGGUGGGACUUGGGGGGGCAGGCCAAGUUCACCUAAAUGGGGGUCUCUGUAUGCUCAGGCCCAGGGGGCCCCAUUGACAGGAGCUGGGAGCUCUGUACCAUGAGCUUCAGCCACCCCGAGAGGAGAGGAGAUAACGAGGAGGGCGGACUCCAGGCCCUGGCCCAGAGAUUUGGACUUGGCUGGCUUGCAGGGUCCUAAGAAACUCUACUCUGGAGAGCGCCAGGAGGCCCUGGGUUCCAGUCCUAACUCUGCCUCAAACUGUACAUUUGGAUAAGCCCUAGUAGUUCCCUGGGCCUGUUUUUCUAUAAAAAGAGGCAACUGGACUGUUA